UCCGUUCCCAAAUUUUAAAACUCACAAGUUCAAAUCCCACAUCAGAAAAAAAAUUCAUACUAAAAUCGAAAACGUUACUGCAACGCUGUCGGUUCUUCACCUCAAAUCUUGAAUCUUUCCUCAACGGCUUCUGUCGGUUUGCUUCAGUUCAAAAAUUUCCCUUUCUGGGUCUUCUUGUACAUAUAUAUUUAUGUAAAUUAGGUGCUUUAUCGGCUAAGUUUUAUUAUGUCGCUGUUAAGUAGAUUUUUCUACAGAAGGCCCCCAGAUGGGUUGCUGGAACUUGACGAUAGAGUAUACGUUUUUGAUUCUUGUUUUUCGACUGAAGUACUGCCUGAGGGAGUUUACAAGCUUUACUUGCACGAAAUCAUAAAUGAACUGCACGAAGAAUUUCCAGAUUCCUCCUUUCUUGGUUUCAAUUUCAGAGAAGGCGAGAAAAGGAGCCAGUUCGCGGAGAUUUUAUGCGAGUAUGAUGUAACUGUAAUGGAUUAUCCAAGGCAAUAUGAAGGCUGUCCUGUACUGCCUUUGUCUUUGAUCCAUCAUUUUCUAUGUGUCUGUGAGAGUUGGCUUUCUCUUCGAAAUCAUAACAAUGUGAUUUUGUUACACUGUGAGAGAGGUGGUUGGCCCCUUCUAGCCUUCAUUUUGGCUAGUUUCUUGAUUUUCAGAAAGUUACAAAGUGGAGAGAGAAAAACUCUCGAGAUGGUUUAUCGUGAGGCACCUAAAGGUUUAUCACAAUUAUUAUCACCUCUGAACCCAUUCCCUUCUCAGCUUCGUUACCUACAAUAUAUAUCAAGAAGAAAUAUAUCUCCCGAGUGGCCUCCUCCUGAACAAGCUCUUUCUCUGGAUUGCCUCAUUCUUCGUGCCAUUCCAAGAUUCGACAAUCAAAAAGGGUGUAGGCCAAUUGUCCGCAUUUUUGGCCGGAACCUUCUUAGCAAGGAUGGAUUGUCAACUCAUAUGUUGUACACCAUGCCAAAGAAAGGUAGAAGUCUUCGACAUUAUCGCCAGAAGGACAGUGAUGUCAUCAAGAUUGAUAUUCAGUGUUUGGUGCAAGGAGAAGUAGUAUUGGAGUGUGUCCACUUAGACCUGGACCCUGAAAGGGAAGUCAUGAUGUUCCGUAUAAUGUUCAACACAGCUUUCAUUCGCUCCAACAUUUUAAUGUUAAACUGCGAUAACUUGGAUAUUCUAUGGGAUACAAAGGCACGCUAUCCAAAAGGCUUUCGAGCUGAGGUUUUAUUUGGUGAUGUUGAGAGCAUCUCUCCUGCAAAAGCUCCCACUGCAGCUCUAAAUGGUGAGGAGAAAGGUGGGCUUCCUAUCGAAGCUUUUUCAAGGGUACAAGAACUUUUUAGUGGUGCUGAUUGGGUUGAUACUGGCGAUGAUGCUGCGUUAUGGUUGUUUAAACAACUAUCGGUGUUGAAUGAUAUGAAAGAUUUAUCAAUUUUGCAAAGUAGGAUGAGCGGGUAUUCGUCCCCAUUUGACUCUGAAGAAGAAAAUAAUGCAUCGAGUAUUGCUGACAGUUUGGACUUUCUGGACUCAGAGAAAGCUAGUAAUCUUACUUAUGCUAAUACAACAGACAUCAAUUUUUUAGAUGAACAGGAUUCAGCUUCUGAUGGAACUUCUGAUCUGAAGAUUUCUGAGGAUCAAGUGAAGCUUUCAAUGUCAGAUAUUGGUCCUGUUCAGUCUCCUUCUGAAAAUAACAGUCAAUUGGAUGCUGUCAUUGCUCCUGAACAUUCAAAGGAAGUUCGAGAUUGCGAUACAAGAACUUCCUCUUCUUCUCCAUUACCUUCACCACCUUCGUCACCUGUCCCUGUGAUUUCUAGUACAAAAGUCCCUGAAUCAUCAGCACCAUCUCCCCCUUCGGCACCCUCUGUGUUUGGUUCUCCUAGCAAGGAGGUUUCUUUACCUCCACCACCACCACCACCACCUCCUCCUAUAUUUGGUGGCCCUUCUUCUGUCCCGAUCCUCCUCCGCUUCCAGCACUUGCAAGUUCUAAUAGAUCACCUCCACCACCACCGCCACCACCACCACCUUCAAUUGGUGGUAAUAGAGGACCUUCACCGCCAAGAGAACAUACUUCUUCAACUUCCCCUGAUAGCUUUGCUAGAGAACCUCCGCCACCUCCACCACCUCCACCACUUCCAAAUAAGAGCUUUUUAUGCACGCCUGCUCCUCCACAUCCACCUCCNUUCUGUCUCUUUCAAGGGUCCUCCACUUCCACCACCACCACUGCCUUCAUCCUCUACAUCAAAUAGGUCAACUCCGUUGGCACCUCCACCACCACCUCCACCUUCAUCCUCUACAUCAAAUAGGUCAACUCCGUUGGCCCCUCCACCACCACCACCACCACCACCACCUCCACCUUCAUCCUCUACCUCAAAUAGGUCAAGUCCGCUGGCACCUCCACCACCACCACCUCCACCUACAAGCAAUUCUAAAAGGCCACCUGCACCUCCUCCACCUCCUUUGGGAGUUCCUAGGCAAGGUUCAACUCCACCUGCACCUCCACCAGCACCAAAGGCUCCUAAUGCUCCACCACCUCCUAGGCGGGGUUUGACACCCACUCCACCUCCACCACCUGGUGGAAAGGGACAUAAUGUGCCACCACCACCACCUUCAUCUACUGGACGUGUAAGAGCCUCUGUAGGCUCAAAUGCUCUAGGGAAAGGGCGAGUUGCAGGAGGUACUUCAAUUCCUCCUAAAAAAGCUUCAUUGAAGCCUUUACAUUGGUCGAAAGUUACCCGGGCCAUGCAAGGGAGUUUAUGGGCAGAUACGCAAAAUAAGGAAAAUACAUCCAGAGCACCUGAAAUUGAUAUUACAGAGCUCGAAAAUUUGUUUUCGGUGGCUUCAGCUACUGAUGGAACUAGCAAAGGUGGAGCUCGACGUGGUUCCAAAAUCAGCAAACCAGAAAAAGUGCAAUUGGUUGAUUUGCGCAGGGCUUACAAUUGCGAAAUCAUGCUUACAAAAAUCAAGAUUCCCUUGCCUGAUAUGCUGAAUGCUGUUUUGGCUUUGGAUUCGUCAGCUCUGGACAUUGAUCAAGUUGAAAAUCUGAUAAAGUUUUGCCCAACAAAAGAAGAAAUGGAGACACUGAGGAACUAUAAUGGGGACAAGGAAAUGCUUGGAAAGUGUGAGCAGUUUUUCCUGGAGCUGAUGAAGGUCCCACGAGUUGAGUCCAAGUUAAGAGUGUUUUCGUUUACUAUCACUUUUUCUAAUCAGGUGACUGACUUGAGAACUAACCUAAGUACAAUUAACAAUGCUACUAGAGAGGUGAAAGAAUCUGCCAAACUACGUCAAAUAAUGCAGACCAUUCUAACAUUGGGAAAUGCACUGAAUCAGGGUACAGCACGAGGAUCUGCUGUAGGGUUCAAGUUGGACAGUCUUCUUAAGCUUUCUGACACUCGUGCUAGAAACAACAAAAUGACCUUGAUGCAUUAUCUGUGCAAGCUCCUUGCUGAGAAAAUGCCAGAGUUGCUUGAUUUCGACAAGGAUCUUCUUCACUUGGAAGCUGCUUCUAAGAUCCAACUGAAGUCUUUGGCUGAAGAAAUGCAAGCAGUGAGCAAAGGUCUUGAGAAAGUUGAACAAGAACUUACUGCAUCCGACAAUGAUGGUGCAAUAUCUUCAGGCUUUCAGAAGGUGUUGAAGAAUUUCCUUGAUACUGCUGAGGCUGAAGUCAAGUCUCUCACUACUCUUUAUAUUGAAGUGGGAAGGAGUGCAGACUCCCUGUCCCUGUAUUUUGGCGAGGAUCCAGCUCGAUGCCCCUUUGAGCAAGUGACACAGAUUUUGGUGGUCUUCACCAAGAUGUUUAAAAAAUCACGCGAUGAGAAUGAACAACAAGCUGAUGCUGAAAGGAAGAAAUUGGAAAAGGAAGCCUUGAAGGAACAAGCAGCCGCUAGUUCUUCUGGAAAGAAAGAAGUUGAUGCUGAUCGAAUAAAACUAAACUUUCGAAAUCAGUUACAUGCUGUAUGAUCAGUUCAAGUCGACCAAGCUUACUAUACUCCAUAAGCCGAGAGAGUGUAUACGGAGAACAGUUCAUAAUCGGGUAAAAAAGAUUUACAUUCUUGAUGAUAGCAGCCUUGGAGGGCUUUGCUCAAACAAGUUGAUGCCAGUGUACUUCAGUGUUAAGUUUUAUAGUUAGUUAUAUAUGUACAUAAUUACCAUAGUUUUAUUUCUUGCCAUGUAGAAUCGCGCGGUACUGCCAUGAUUACUCCAAUUUUGUAUCCAGAGGUAAAAAAUCGGUAGAUCUCAAAAUUCGAGAGGUUUCCAAGUUGUACAUAUUGAAGUUCCAUAUCUGUGUAUAUGUAUUUAAAGGUGAUUUAUUUUUACCAUAAGCUGUAUUUCAUA